CAUUGUUAAAUUUUUAACAAAUAAUAAAUAAAUGUAAUAAUUAUCUAUUGCAAACUGAUUAGCUGUUUGCCUGUACCUACACAAUUCAAUGCAAAUCAUAAUUUAAAAAUUUAAACAACUUUUACAAUUGUUCAAUAAAUUAAUAAUGAUAAAUGUAGUUCAAUUAUUAGUUCUUAUUAAAACAUUUUAUUCUAGUAUUGUUAAUAGGAUAUUUGGAUAUUUAGAGAAUAUUUUGCACAAUGAUAUUGGUGAAAACAUUCGAUUAAAUGAAAAAAAUCAAUUUUCGAAAACUGUAAUAGAGCCACCAGAAAGAAUUCAAAUUUAUAAAAAUGUAACUAAUCGAAAAAUGCAUAAUUAUGCAAAUAACCAAGAGAAUAGUUCUGAAAUCAACAACAAAUUUCGAAAAAAAGAAACAUCGCAGAAAAAAAUUAAUUACAAUUUUGGAGACACAGAAUCUGUAGCAUGUUAUAAUGAUAUCGAAACACUAAAAACAUCCAUAAAUAAUAGUGGUUUAUAUCAUGGAAUAUUCUAUGAAAAUAUGAAAUGUAAUGAAACAAAAAUCAAAGAAGACGAAGAAAAGAAGUUUUUAUUUUUUGAAUCAAUGCGUCGAGAUAUAAUGGGAAGAACUCGACGGUCUCGACCAAAAACAUAUUAAUUAAUUAUUAUAAUAAUGUAUUGUUUAUUAAUACAACUGUAGAAUUAUAGUUAUA